AUGAUGACGCCGUCAAAGGGGUUGGCCAGUGCCGUCAGCGAGUGCGCUGUAGUGGAUGACAUGCAACAACAUGAAAACUCAGAACGAGCAGACGAAGAUCAACAUCUCGUGUCUUCUGAUGAAGAGGGUCGUGUUGUUGAUGAAGAGGCGGAUGAAGAAGAGAAUCCAAACGCUCUUACCCCUGCUGACAAACAUGCGGAUGGUAAAGAGGACAACGAAAGCGUUUUUGAACAAGAGUCCUCGGAACACUCGUCGGCUGGCGAGGGAAUGGCGAAGGAUUAUCUUCAAGCGGGAGGCGAUAACGACAGCGAUUCUGAUGGAGAAUUCCGUCAGGCUGGACAAGACGGGGAAGAAGCUGCUGCUGGUGCAAGUCAAGCGGAGGAAGAUGCAUACGCUAUGGACCACGCCGAAUCUUCUCCGAUGAACAAUAAGAUCUACGAUAGCAAUCACGACGAAGAUGAAGUGGAGUCUGCUUCUCCUGGGGAUUCUCCAUCGCCUACGGAUUCUCUCUCUCCUGUGGAUGAAGAACAAGAGAUAUACGAGGCUUGGGCGCCCCACCUGUUUGAAAUGGAUGAAGGCUCAAGUUCAACUACUACGGGCGAAGUGAAUGCUUUGCCUUCUUGUAGAGCCUCCAAAGACGGGAGUAAAUCUACUUGCGAAACCACAGCCGCGGCAUCGUCGCCUUGUCCUACUACAGAUGACGAAGAGCCACAGUCUCUGGUGCCGCCGUAUCCUGCAGAUGGAGUGCUGCCUGUGGGCUCUUUUCUGCCCUUCCAGCAGGACGCGCCACUGGCUACAGCCACCGGGGGAGGCGCAGAAGCAGACGGCCGGGCCCAGGAGGUCGCUGCGCAGGUGGUUCACAGCAUGUUCUUCAAAAAAGCGCGACAAGGCUCAUCGUCUAGUAGUGUACUAACUAAACCCAUCUUGGACGCGCCUCCUGCCCUGAGGACUGGGACUUUGGCGGUUCCUUUCUCUCUGGUCUCACCUGCGCAGCUGGAAGACUUGCUCAAUGCUGUCGGGCGCAUAUUUCUAGCCGAGGGCAUUGUCGUGAAGCCUGUGCACUCCCUGCCAACGAAGGUCUUCGGGAGCCUUCACGGACAGUUGGUCGAUCUGCUUACUUUUUUCCAGAGUUUCGGGUUUCCGCACUUGAGCCUUGAGUUAGGCGACCUAAGCUACACACACUACGUCUUCCUUGGCGACUACGUGGAUCGUGGAGCGCAGAGUCUAGAACUUCUCACUUUGUUAUUCGCGUUGAAGUUGCAGGCGCCAGAACGGGUCACGUUGCUGCGCGGACACCACGAAAACAGACACGUGAAUGCGCAUCUCGGGUUUCGCCAGGAGUGCGAAGCGCGUUUGCCCCCUGGCGAUGGGGCUCGGCUCUACGACAUGAUCAACCGUACAUUUGAGUUGAUGCCACUCGCAUGUCAACUCCGGAGUGGCUUUCUCUGCUUGCCAAAUGGGUUGCCAAGACUCCUUGACCAUGAACUACGAGAACACAGAACUUCUGCUGCUGGUUUGCGAAGCUUGACGCAUUUGGAAUCUCUGAUGGGGACGAAGCCUGUCAUCGUCCCGCGCCCACAAGCUCUGCACUCAGGCGACGACUUGAGCGAAAGCGAAUUGUUUCUCGUCCGCUACUUCUAUCCGCAUUUAUCCGAGGUGUCUGGCAGUAGUGAGAAGAGCGGGUCCACAGAGGAAUUUCUUCGAGAGAGUGGUGGGCUCUGUGCGGUGAUCACCAGCAGGCGGAUACCCGAAGGCGGUGCUGCGCUAGCUCCCCUUUCUAUUGCUGAAGCAGAAGAUGGCAGGGGAACACAGAGGGACCAGUCAUCUUCUGAAGGAGACAGGCAAGAAGAGAAGGCAGACCCCAGUCGUCUAAAUGAAAUCAGCUUGGUGAGCUGUGCUGAUGUCGGUGGACUGACGCGAAAUCGAGCGGCUAUGCUCCAAAUAGUCUGCGAUAGCAAGAUGAACACUCAUCGAGUCGUCAUAAGGCGCGUUGCGAGUGGCCCCUCGUCAGUCGCAUGGGAGCUUUUUGUAGAGCUAUUUUGUGGCGGAUCUGUUGCUCUAGGUCUAGGUGUCAGCGAAAAUCCUGAAGGGGAGGAGGAGAAUGGAGUGAGUAGAACAGCAGAAUCGCAUAAGGAAAUGCGACACCUUGUGUGCGCAGUCCCGGAGACCUGCGCUCAGUUCUCUCGAUGGCCAGCGCAGCCCAUGGCGCUGACUCCUCGUCGAGUAGUGCACAGCGCACAUUCUUCUUCAGAAGACACAUUGUGUGUAGAGUUGCUCUAUCCGAUAGAUGGUUCUGCGCCAUUCACUAGAACAGACAGGCUGAAGCCUGCCGCUGUGAUGGCACUAGAUACGGCGGACCGGGUGGAUAUUGCCAGCCUGAAUCCCCUACUUUUGCGGACGCAUAGCACUGGCAUGCCACGAGGAGCAGAAGAUGCUGGCACAGGUCCGCUUCAACCACGAGUGUGGGGGAAGGCUCUUUCAGUGUUUGACUCGCUCGUCUCGUACAACGGCGAGUCCCUCCUAUCUGUGAGUGAGCACGCAGUGGUGGAUUGGCUUACAGAGAGGACACAAGGAGAUACGUCGUUGGGCGCGACGGCAGCGGUGCGAUCGGGAACGCUAGCGCGCUGGGUCCGAAGCUUUCUCGUAUUCCACAGGAGUAGCACAGAGGCAACAAAUUCGCAGAUCACUGCAGCCGACUUCUUGUGGGGCAUAGUCGCGAGCAGCGGCUCCGUCUCCCUGAGCGAGGAAUCCUUGGCGACACGCUUUAGCAACUACGCAGUGUUCGCGCGUGCGGCAGUCGUACUGCAACUCCGCGCCGACGAGGGUGUAUCAGACUGGGACGAUGGUGGCGCACUUUUAGAACAUAGCGCGACACGCUACGGAAGUGCAGAUGCUCUUGACUUUUUCCGUGACAUAUUUUCCCAUUUUUUGUGAACGAUGGAUAAGUAGUAAGUACUCAAACUCAAGACUCGCAUCAUCAAAAGACAUCGACUUGUUUUUUCAUCAAAAAUCUCGACACCAAACACAAUGUUGCGUAACGAUGUCAUCAAAAGAUGAAACUGUGAACUUUUCUUUUUGCUCUGGGCGCGAAUGAUGUAAAGUUCUUUGUUGAUGUAAAGAAAGGGUUCUAAAGUUAAUGUAAAUAGUUUGGACAGAACUGCAAGAUAAGUAAAAGGCUAGCUACGAUGAAAAAGAAAGUUAGAGUAAAUAGUUGGAAGUCAGGUUUUCUCAUGCACAGUUGAACUCUUAACUUUAUGGAAGUUCAAGUGAUUCCUUUCACGUGAGCCCUUAUUGAGCUUUUUUUUUCUCUCCUCUCUCGUUGGUUCGCAAGUGAACUAUCUACUCUUCUGCUGGUCUUGUCACAUCGAUUCAUCUCGCGUGUAGGUGCCAUGUGCCUAUUAUGGAUGCACAGAAUAAGCAAGUUAUGUAUAUCAAGCUUCUAGCUGUUGUCAAUUCUAGAAAGGAAGUUAUGAAUUUUGUAUGUAAUCAAAAGAUGAAACUGUGAACUUUUCUUUUUGCUCUGGGCGCGAAUGAU